AUGUCGACAGCAUCCACUCAGUCCCGGGGGGUCAACCGACGGAUCAACAGUAUUCAAAAUGAAGAGCGCCAUUCGCGCAACUCAUCUGUCUCCCGACGCCGCCCCCUCAACGCGAACGUCGCCUGUAGCCACGCCCUCCGCGUUGCCUACCUCUCCUACCUUCUACACCCCCGUUCGCGUCGCAUUCAAAAUGUGCCAGCUGCGCCGGCACGGCCGAAACGGGCGUCUACAUCGAUUAAUGACUUGAUGAGUGACUUUUCGCUAGUCAGGGACUCCAAGAGCACGAGGAUUCCGCAUGGGUUUCUGUCCGAGCUGGAGAAGCGCUUGACAGGUGUCUUGAUGGGCAAAGAGAAGAGAAAGGAAUACCAAGACCAUUUAGUGGUGCGCACAUUCGCUGUUUUCCUAAAUGUCUUGAAAGAAGACUCGUUUCGCAAGCGCAUGGAGAAAGACCGGCGCGCUGAAGAUCUGGUUCUUAUCUUCUACUCGAACGCAAUCAAGGAGCUCAGCAAGGGCAAGGAACAUGAAGACGACAGUUGGAAGCUCAUGGUAGACCGACACGUCGCUCUUUUUGUGCGACUUCUUGCGCUAAUAUUGAAGAGUAAUGACUGGGCUAAAGACCGUCCCGAGCUGGCGAACCGAAUGUCCGUACUGGAAAACAAACUUCUGUCGCAAGACCAAGAUUUGAUGGAGGGGAAUGGCACGACUUCAACAACCGAGGUGGUGGCACCGCUAAGCUAUGAUGUCAAAGAUAUGCCUCUUGUGCAGCACGUGGUCAAGGUCUUUGGGAUGACACUAUCUCAGGCUCAAUCCGAAAUUGAUAAAAACAAAUCAAUCUGGACUGAGAAAGCAGCGCUGCAGGAUCUCAAAACCUAUCAAGCUCAUCUUAACCUUCAGACCCGCAAGACUCUGUCAAGGGACGACUUUGAGACAGACGAUGCGUACGAAGCCUGGAAGAAAAGUGAAGGGCCUGAUCUCUCCCAGAUGAUGCUUGCGAUUGUACAAUCUAAUCCAGAGCUUGCAAAGAGCACGCCAGGAGCGCUCCCUCAAUUCAACCCAACUUCUCACGAAGAUGACUUGUCAAGAACGUCUUCUGGUCGCGCUGACAGAACAUCCUAUGUGAUUGACACGCCUGUCGAUCUCAGCUCUCUUUCGUUAAGUGGAGCCGAUAGUGACUCGGAUGAAUCGGACACUUACACCUUCAUUCCGUCAGAUCCUCGAUCUAUUUACAGAUAUAUAUUGUCCCAAACCUUGGGCCAUGACUUGCGCGAUCGGGAGAUUGAAGCCACUCAGGCGACAUCCGACGCACCAUCACUGAAGCUGCUUUCAAAGCAAUCUUCAGAAAUGCUGAAUGAGAUAUGUCUCCGCUGGCGGAUUCCCAACUUCUCCCGCAUUGUGCUUUUUCUCGACGUCAUUCAGUCCAAAUUUGUCGAUAAUGAGAUUGACCUUAAUACGCUGGAUUCGGCAUUUACCUUUGUGAAGGAGGCUCCACCCAGUGAGAGCAGAUCAAAGCGAGCCAGUUUUGUAGCCUCGUCCGUCUUUGAUAGACGAAAAUGGACCGUGCAUGACCUUCAAAUGAUGCAACAGCUUCUUUCUAAGAUCCAUGAAGCGCUUUUGCGGGAACUUUACGAUGUGAUGAUGGACUGCUUUGAGGCAAAGCCCCGACCUAUCGGGCCUGUUAUGUACGUUCUUGAGAAUCACGUCCAGAUGGACCCAAGCUAUACAGAAGAUCCGGAGGAUAUCAAUCGGUUCUGCUCAUACGUGCAGGAUGGCCUCGCUCAGAAGGCGACUGAAAAGUAUCAGAGUCUUCUUAGUCAAUUCGUGCCCGUCGAAACGGAAUCUUGGAAGGUGGACAAUGUUAUCCAGCUGGGUGAUGCUAUCUCAAAACUUGCGUUGAAGAUCCAAAAGCGGUACAGGAACAAUCCCGAGAUCAUGGGCGUUAAUCCCUAUACAACACUUUGUUCAAAUGUCCUUCCUAUGUUUGCCGAAGAUGCAAAUGAAAUGGUCAUCAGGAUCAUUGAACAGGCCAAAUCUGUGGGUGAAGAAAUCGACAUCGAGGAUGGCUUCGAUCUUUACCGAAAGCUUGCUGCAAUUAGGACUCUUUUUGUGAAAACGAUCCCCGAGACUCCUUUCCCAUUCCACGUCGAGAGCCUGCUGGAGGAAUUCGUCUGGCGAUGGCUCCGUCUGACGGAUCAAAGUGUCAUGGAAUGGGUCAACCAAGCUAUCAGACAGGAUACCUUCACUGUCCGAGCAGAUGAAUCAACCGACAUUGUUCCAGAAGACAAUCGGCACAGUGUGUCCGUGAUCGAUAUCUUCCGAUCAUUCAACCAAGUUGUCGAAAAUCUGGUGAAUCUAGAGUGGGACGAUGAUCUUCAAUAUGCGAAAUUCAUGACUGCUCUUUCCAACUCGAUUGGGAAAGGUGUGGGGAAGUACUGCGAAACCUUGGAACAGAUGUUUGCCCGGGAAACGGACCGCCUUACACCGGAGCAAGAGGCAGCACUCAACCAAACCACGCAAGAGAAGCUUAUGCAAUUCGCCAAAGAUACAUGGACGAACAAGGAAAAAAUCGAACCCUUCCAGUUCUCCUCGGAGUCUUUGGUCAAGCUGAAUAACAUCGAGUAUGCUCUUUCGCAAUUAGAUAGACUCGAAAGUGAGAUCAAUGUGGAUGGAUGUGCGGAUGUCAUUGCGAAGAACACUCCUCCACAAUUGAAGAAAGUUCGAAAGUCGACCACCUAUGUCUUCACAAUCAAGGUUGUGGAGGCAGAAGACCUGAAAGCAUGCGACAUGAAUGGUGGCAGUGAUCCGUACGUCGUUUUGACCGACGAAUAUCAAAAGCGGAUUGCAAAGACUCGUAUCAUUUACAACAAUCUAAACCCACGGUGGGAAGACGCAGUGGACAUCACAACACAAGGCCCACUAAAUAUCAUCGCUACGAUCUGGGACUGGGAUGCAGUUGGCGAUCAUGACUACGUCGGUCGAACUUCCAUCAAACUUGAUCCGGUCCACUUCAGUGACUUCUUGCCUAGAGAGUACUGGCUUGACCUGGACACACAAGGACGACUUCUUCUGCGUGUCAGUAUGGAAGGCGAGCGGGACGACAUCCAGUUCUAUUUCGGCAAGGCUUUCCGUACACUGAAGCGAACCGAGAGAGAUAUGACUCGGAGGAUCACUGAGAAGCUUUCUGCGUAUAUCAGCCAUUGUCUGUCACGUCGAACUCUCAAAUCCCUGCUCUCUCGUGGACUCAGCAUGUCGAGCGUUUCCAACUUUCUAAACAGGAACCGAGGGCAACCACAGGCACCUACAGGGCCCAAACAGGAAGACAUUGAGAAUGCGCUGGAUCCGCUGUUCAACUAUUUCAAUGACAACUUUGCCAUCAUGAACAAGACCCUUACCGGCGAAGCUAUGAGGAUGGUGAUGGCGCACAAGCCGUCGCACCAAAAGCCCCUGACGAUGCAAGAAGUGGAUAUUGUUUCACGCUGGCUCGUGUUACUUCUGAAUUUUUUCCACGCCAUUGAUGACGAAACGGGCGAAGCCGGAGGUGUUCCCAUUGACAUUCUGAAAUCCACCAAGUACCACGAGAUUCAGACCUUGAAUUUCUUCUAUUUUGAGCCCACGGAUAACCUUAUCCGUACCUCUGAGCGAAUGGCUACGGCAACCGCCAGUCACCAAGCAGCCAAUCGCAAUCGCAUCUCUGCACCCGCCCAUCUAGGCGCCACGGGGACCAGUCACGGCGGCCUCGGCGUUCCUGCGACCCGACGCGCCAAGAGCAUUAUGGUCUCGCGCAACCUAGGAACUAUGAAGAAGGCAAAGGAGGAGAAGCGCAGAGAACAGCAAGCCCAGCCUAACGACGACAUGAUCCUGCGCAUUCUGCGCAUGCGACCCGAGGCGGCGGGGUAUCUGCGAGAUCGCAGUCGUCAAAAGGAGAGACUGGCGGCAGCUGCUGCAGCAGAUGCCAUUGUCAAGCAGAGUUUGAUGGCCGGUGCAGGAAGCCGGAUGAGUGGGAUGAUUCCCCAGCGAUGA